UGCACGGUUUUUCACAUGUAUGACGCAGUUUAAAUGAAGCUGUGUAUUCAAUUUCCGGUUACUGUAUAAUUCACUCCAAUUUUGCUCCACUAGUUUUAACUUCUAUCAGAGACGGUGUUCGCUGCAAUUGGAUACUAAUUUUGCUAUGAAUUCGGAGAUGGAAAUCGGCAGCAAGAAAUUCACUGACAAAAAUAGAUGCCGGGAGCUGGCAAUGUCGUCGUCAUUCUGCCGCAGAAUAUACGCGGAGGUAGAAGAGGUUGGAUGGGAGCACCUUGUCAAAUUGGGGGAAGAUCUGACAUUUAUUAGGUUCCGUAUCAUGGACAAUAAGAGGAGAACGCAUAUUCUGGAGAUAACCCUGGAUAAGACCUAUCCAAGGUCUCCACCUUCAUUAUCAGCGGAUGUGCCUUAUAAUUCUCAUCUGGAAUGGUCAUCAAACUCGAGAUUAAGAGAUGCUGUCCGGCAGUUUCAGAGGCAUGUGGAUAAGCUCCAGGACUUUUGGUUGACUUUGGAUGACAUUGAUCGGUCUUUUUGCGUAAUUGAUCCAAAGCACUCACACCUUGCAGUGUCGUAUCGCCAGAUAAAAAUAGGAAAUGAUUGCUGUCUUGUACUAUCUAUCAAUGUCGAUGAUCCAAAAUCCUUGCCAGAAUGUCGCUUCCUUGGUUCAGAUACGGAAGUCAACAUUUUGAGAGAUAUUUGGAAGCAAAAUUGUAAGAAAUGGACAAGAGAAAAAUCAUGUCCUGAAAAUUUUCUGCAUAUAUUUGGCAAUCAGUUGCCACAACCUUCACAUCUCCAAAAGAGUGAGGAGCAGGUUGAAUGUGGCAUUUGUUAUGCUCAAUACCUUCCGACAGAUGAUGAACUUGGUGCCAAGAGUGGAACUGCAACUGAUUAUUCAUGUGAAAAUGGGAACUGCAAUCGAGCAUUCCACAGUGUUUGUCUUGGCGAUUGGCUCUGCUCUAUUACAACGACAAGGCAGUCAUUUGAUGUUCUGUUCGGGAACUGCCCUUACUGUUCAGAUCCCGUUGCAGUCAAACUCAGCAUGAAGAAGUAAAAUUUACUACAUUAGAGAGCAAAACACCGGUUCCCAUCUUGAAUUGUGAAAGCGUAUGUGAAGAAUAGAUCUAGUAUUUGGUCUUGUAAUCUAUGUAGGCCAUUGGAAAUGUGUGUUGAGAGAACAAAUCCCUAGUUUGCUUUACUAUAUUCAAAUAUGAUGAGUUUUGGUAUCGCAUGAGAAUCUCCGAUUAAGAUUUGGUGUGCAAUACUACAGCUGGUAGUGAUUGAUAUCUAGUCAUGAUUGGACCCACGCAAUGACAGAUUCUUCAUCCUACAAGUUGAAUUGCAACCCCUUUGGC